GGCUGAGGCGGGGGACGGGGCUUAGGGUCGGUCCGUUGCCCUGGGGUUUGCUGUCGGCCCGCAGCUGUCGCCCCCCGCGCGGGGCUGACGCCUAGGAGGCCGAGACCCCCGGGGGCGGUCGCGCUCCAUGAGGGUGCCCGGCCGGCCCGGCCCGGCCCGGUACUGGGCAGAUCCUGCGGGACAGGUGCUCUUGGCCCGAGGGCUCUUGAAGUCACUUGUUGUGAACUGGUGUUGGGAAGAAGCUGAAUGAAUGGAAGAGUCAGGGCAAAAGGGAAGUUUGCGUUUCAUGCUCUCCGCUGGCCACAGGUCAUAAGCAACGCUGUGCCUCUGAAGAGACCUGGAAUCAUCGGAGCCGUGUGUCCUGAGGGAUUCUGAGCAUCUCUGAAGGGCGCCAUGAUGGAUAACCGGUUUGCUACAGCGCUGGUGAUCGCCUGCGUGCUCAGCCUCAUCUCCACCAUCUACAUGGCCGCCUCCAUCGGCACUGACUUCUGGUACGAGUACCACACCCUGUCCCCAGCCGAGAAUGUUAGUGAGGCUGGUAGAAGCAUCUGGGAGGAGUUUGUCAGCAAAGAUGCAGAUGAGAAGACGUACACAGAUGCGCUCUUCCGGUGCAACGGCACAGUUGGACUGUGGCGGAGGUGCAUCACUGUACCCAAAAACUCUCACUGGUACAGCCCACCAGAAACUGAUAUGACUACAAACUGCAUCAGUUUCUCCCUCUCUGAUCAGUUUGUAGAAAAGUACAUAGAGCCUGGAAAUCACAACAGUGGCACGGAUUUGAAUCGGACUUAUCUCUGGCGGUUGCAGUUUCUCCUGCCCUUUGUCAGCAUCGGCCUCAUGUGCUUUGGGGCUCUGAUUGGGCUCUGUGCAUGUGCCUGUCGCAGCCUUUACCCAGCCAUUGCCACUGGAGUCCUGCAUUUCCUAGCAGGGCUGUGUACGCUGGGCCUCGUUGGAUGCUAUGUAGCUGGGAUUGAGCUGCUCCAUAGGAAGCUGCCUCUGCCCGAGGAUGUGAGGGGUGAAUUCGGUUGGUCCUUCUGCCUCGCCUGUGUGUCAGCACCUUUGCAGUUCAUGGCAGCCGCCCUUUUCAUCUGGGCAGCUCGCACCAACAGGAAGGAAUUCACCCUCCUAAAAGCCUACCGUGUGGCAUAAGUGCUGCUACUGCAGUCUGGGCUUUCCAUGGUAGAGCCUCUUCUCCCCCAGCCCUUACUACUUUUUUCUUUCAGUCAGAAUUUUAUCCUGUACUGCAUGCUUCUUGCCAGUCAAGACAAUUUAGCCUGCAGGCCCUGAAGACAAAGACCUCUGGGCUAAAUGACCAAAGCCUGCCAGAAGUCUGCAGAACUUGAACAGAUUUUUUAAUGGUUUUUUUUUAAGAAUUGUGAUUAUUUUUAAAGCUACAUUUGGUUCUUGACAGUUCCCCUUAGUUAGGUGUACAUGCUCCUUCCUAAUUUUAUUACCCUGUCAGCCUGGAGGAAAUAGAAGUGGUGUUGUGGGGUGGAAGAGAGACAAGAGAAGGUGCAGGUAUGCAAGAAUGGGAACCUCAGUGCACAAAUUAUACAUAAUCAGGAGCUGUCUACUGUGUGACUGAAGCAGGCAGUACCUACAGGGAGCGCCCAAGAGACAUGAGGGAAUUCAGAAACCUCUGUUAUGAAAAUACUGUAGCUAAAUUAGUCUGAAGCUCGGCUCUGGAUCUCCUGUUUUCACUAGUUUGCUGCAUGUUGUGGCAUCUGCCAAAACUGCUGGAGGCAGAGCAGCUGUGGCACUGUCUGUACAGCACACCCUCCUGAAGGCACACUCUGGACUUGCUUCUGCCAAGGAGUGGGAUGAGAUGGCCCUCAUGGAGCUCUCUCAUGCUGUAGCUCCACUGCUUCCAGGACCCAGGCUAGUUUGGUAUCUGCACUACAUGUGAUUGUGCACUCUAAUCUUAAUUUGUGGUGCUUUUGCUUGAUGUGGAAUAAGGCUUUCUUCUCUUUUGUUGAAAAUUACCUCCUCACAAGUUUUUUGGUUUUAAUUUGGUUUAGUGUAUGUGUGUAUAUGUACAUAUAUAAACUUAACGUUUUUUAAACCUCACCUCUUUAUCCUGUAUAGCACACAACAGGGUUUUUUAAAAGGUGCUGCUCUUUUCCCAUCUUGUUUAAAUUAAAUAAUAAUAGUAAUAAUAAAGACUCAGAAAUUUUCAACAUUGCAUGAAUCUGAUCAGAGGGUGAGGGAAUGAUCUAGAGUGGAUUUUACCUGGGGAAGGAAGAACCGGUGUCUAGAUCUGUUUUCAUGGAAAUGUCACCAGAAGCAAUGACAUUAGAUCAGAUAUUUUUAAAAUAAAUUCUUGAGCUCCUGCUAACUUUAAA